CUUUCGCUCGCAUAGUAUUGUCAGUCAUGAGCCUUCGUUUAUCUCGUUUUCGCAUUCUUCCUCGUAUUUGAUGUAAACCGUUCGCCGCACUAGGCACGUAAAGUUGCAAGAACGUGAAUUUACUAAAGGCAAAGUAAAGGAAGAAAGAAAAGAAAUAUUUUUUCCACGAGUUAAACUUUCCGUGCAUACAUUAAACAAAAACAGUGAACUAUUAAUUUCGUUUUACCCACGGUAACGAUAUACCAUAAGACACAAAAUUUCAAUUCGCAUAUUGAAUAUUUUGUUUUUCUUUAUUUGAUUCGUAGUGAGAAUGCUCGGUCAAAUCUAUUGCUAAUUAAAGUGUGUAAAGAAAAUAAAACAGUGCUGCAGUAAUCACAGGCUAUAAGACGGCAGAACUGCAAAAAUAUCGUGUUUGUCGUUCUAGUAUCAGUGAACAGAAUACAGCUGAAUAAGUGCUGGAAUCUGUAAAAGUAUUAAUUAGGGAGCAAUAAAAGCGGCGUGUUGCGGCUGGCGAGAAGUACUUCAUUCCGACUUUGUGGAGACAGUUCAAAGAAGAUAUUGAAGUAGGGAACUAGGCGCACUUGACAGUUUCAACAGGAUUUGCAUCAGUAAACACUUCCUAAAAUUAAUCCAGAGCUAUUGAAACAAAUAGUUGUAUGGUGCUCGGCUGCUAGUCCGUAAGCAAAGAAUAUGAAAUGAAAAUCUGAAGUUCUACCUGCGCCAUACCGAACUUCAAUUACAUUUCAUAUAAAAAGGUUUUAUUUCGAGAGAAAAAUGGAAUCGUCCACAACAAUCAAGAAUCCCAACAAUAAUAAUCACGCGGAUAAUCAUUUGAUUAAUAAUCAACCUCAGCAAGUAACAUCUUUACAAAAUAAUAAUCUUACUGUUUCUGCUCAGCCAUUUACUCCUGCGGCCAACAACAACAAUGGCAAUAAUACAAACAAUAAUAACUUAACUGUUCAACAGUCUAGCAAUGCAAUCGCGCCUGCUCAAUCAUAUACACCCGUUCCGGCAGCCGCCGCAGCUCCCUUACAUAGUGUGGCGGCCACGUCAGCAGGUCAUCCUAUUUACAAUCAAGCAAUGCAUUCACCCAAUAUGUUUGUGCCAGCGCCGGGUGUUCAUCAAGCGGGACCUAUGUAUGCAGCUAUGAUGCCGGCGCAAAUACCCAGCAAUGUUUACGUAAACAAUGUUACAGCAAACGUAAAUUUGCACGGAUGGGCACAUACAGUACCAGCUUAUAUACCUGGUGGAGCACCACAUUACAUUCAGGGUGACAUGCCCCCAGAUCAGAAUCCAUCUGUUCUGCAAGCUAUACCUGGUAUGCCUGUAGCUUUGGCACCGUCGAAUGCUAUUGUUGCUGCCGGUGGAAAUGGCAAUCUCAGUACGCAAAUGGGUACCAUGAGUAGUCGUGGCUCACGUCGCGGACGCGGUCGUGGUGGUAGUGGCGGUUCACGUCGUGGCGAUUACAAUAAUCAACGACAUCCACCACCGGAAGGUAGUCCAGCGCCACAACCGCAAAUGGUACAAACGCAAGAUCAAAUUGGCCAACAACAGUCAUUAACACAACAACAACAAUCGCAACAAAUCGACUCCUCUAACCAAUUAAUGGCUACAGCACCGCCAAGUUAUGCCGCACAACCGCAAUAUGCGCAUCCAUCAGCAUAUGCCGCUUAUCCAUAUCAAGCAUAUUUUGCUGCUCAGAAUCCAAUAUUGCAUCCAGCGCAGGCCGCACAACAAGCCACUGGCACACCUCUGUAUGUUUCGCAUAUGCCAAUGUAUAAUGCACCACCCGUCUAUAACUACAUGGGCAGUCCAUUUGUGUAUCCGCCCGUUAUGAAUCCGCCCGAAUAUCAAUUUUUGCCCGGCGAAGACGGUCAAUGUGAUGAGCGUCAAAAUCCCGAAGGUAUGGUGGCGCCUAUGUGGCAUGCACAACCGAUUUAUGCCGAUGAAUAUGGCAUGAAUCCCGAAAUGCAUAAUGCCGGUGAAGAUAUCAAUCACAACGCCUCUUCCAUGGGCUCUGUUGAUACACCGAGCAUGCUUAGCCCAAACUAUGCAAUAUAUGAUCCACAAAUACACGAGGUGCAACAACAUAUGGGCAUGAUGCAUAUUUAUGAAGACCCUCAAAUUACGCAAAUGACGCAAAUGCCAGGAAUGCACCCAGAAGCACCAGUUGCACAGCUGGAAGAAGAAAUCGUCGAAUGUGUUGCACAACCUGGUGCCAUACAAAUGGUGUCGUCAGGUACAAUGAUUACGGCUGGUUCCAUACAAAUGUCCAACGAAACUCAAAUUAUUCAUCACAGCCAUGCGCAACACCAAUCCCAACACAUUAUACAAAACGCCGUCUUGGAAGUGAAACCACACCACUCAAGCGAGAGCGAAAACGUCAACGUUGAGAACAGCUCCCCAGAUGAAAUUUCCGAGUUGCAAGCCGUUGGCUCUGUGACCAGCCUAACGGAAAUUCACACACACCAGAGCACCGAAAAUAUCGUUGCCGAGGACUAUCAGGCGCAACAACAGCAACAACAACUGCCAUUACCGCAGCAACAACAACAGAUAACCCAGUCACCGCCAAAGCAGCAGCUACAACAGCAGCCAGCUCAAAAACAAGCGUCAGCACAUUUCAAUUCACAAAAUGUUAUUGACAUGCCGCCCGUCGUCGUUGCGGCCACUGAAGUUUAUCAUCACCAUGAUGACAAUGUGCCAAAGGAGGAGGCGACCGAAGUGCCUGUGGCGACAGUGGCCCCAGCAGCAGCACCGCCACCAGCACCAGUAGCUGUCCACGCGGCACCUCAGCAACAACAGCAGCAGCAACAGGCACCAACUGUGGCCGCUGUAGUGGCUGCGCAGCCUGUCGCCACCGCUGUGGCAAGUGUUUCGACUGCCACCAAUGUGCCGACACAACAACAACAGAUACAGACUUCACCGCCUUUGCAGAAGUAUCAUCAUCAGCAACAGCAACAACCACAGCAGCAGCAAACACACCAACAGACACACCCGAAACAUCAACAACAAUCGUAUAAUCGUUAUGAUCAACAACAACAACAUCAUAGCCAACAAUAUCACCAUCAACAGAAUCAUAGUUAUCAAUAUGAACAACGUAGGCCACAGCAAAAUUACAACAAUAAUCAAUCGCGUCGUAAAUACGAUUACAACAAUCAAUCGUACGCGCCGAACAAUAAUAACAAUAACAAUGGCAACAAUAACAACGACACGGCCAUCCAGACUACGAAGACAAUGUCUUGGACUAAUUCGAGUAAAAAGUCUACUGCAUCGGUGGCUGUGACUGCCACACCUAACAGCUACAACAACAGCAACAAUAGUAACAAUCAAAAUAGAACAUAUGGUCAUUCCACCAGGACAUAUACCAAUCAUGGUCAUAAUUAUCAGCAACAAUCGCACUACCACCAACAACAUCAGCAGCAGCAACAACAACACGGUGGCCACUAUAAUCAACCGCAGAUGCGCAAUGCUGGCGGCAUGAAAAUGCCCCCAUCGCCGGUGAGCGGCAACAAUGCACCAUCACAGUUCGGCAACAACAAUGCAAACGAUCGCCGCAACAGCCAAGCCGAGCAGCCGAAAUAUGCGAACCAUGGCAAUAAUAGCUCAUACAACAACUACAACCAAUAUGGCAAUAACAGCGGCAGCAGCGCGACGAACAGCAGCAAUGUGAACAACGCAGGCGCGGCAGCGGCCACAUCCACGGCCAGCACCACAGCAGCGCCGCAACAUUUCCCACAACAACAACAACAUCAGACACAGCAGCAGCAGCAAGUGCAAGCCGCAGCACAACAUCAGCAACAAACAGCUGCGCAAGUGGCGCAAAACCAGCCACAACAACAACAGCAAGCGUUAGUAAUUGACAGCAAACAAUAUCCCGGCUUUACUAGCAGUAAGAAAGCUGCCGCUGCAGCUGCAGCCGCCACCACUGCCGCUGCUGCUGCCACCACAAUGCCAAUCAUGAAUUUGGCGCCACCAAUCACCGCCAACACUAACACUACCGCGCCCAGCACACAAUCCUGGGCCAGUCUAUUCAACGAUACCAACAACGCCAACGUGCAGUCCACAAGUGCCAGUGGUGCUCAGUCAAGCAGCAACAACAGCAACACAAAUGCCAGCAUACAGAAUAGCAACUCCUCACCUGCGUUGCCGCCACCAUUUUCAUCGAAAAAACCAGUUGCCAAAGUAGCGCCUUAUGAAUGCGUUGUUCCCGCGCCGGUGAAUCCCACACCGCCCGUGGUAUUGCCAGGCGCUAUGUCCUACUCGGCUGCCUCCGCGCAGGGCAUCCCACCACAAGCACCGAGCGCAGCAAAGGCACUCGUCAAACCCGAACCACCAACGCCGACUGUGCGCGCCAAUCUAGACGAAUAUACGCUGAAAUUCGCCGAUUUCCUCACAAAGUCAAAAACCGAUCUGUCCACAGUUAGCCUGCGUCCACGCGGUCUCACCAAUCCCUCGAACUACUGUUACAUUAAUUCCAUUCUGCAAGCGCUGUUAGGCUGCGCGCCAUUCUACAAUCUGAUACGCUCCAUACCCAAGCAGGCGGCGGCUUUGUCCGAAGUACGCACGCCCACUGUCAAUGCGCUCAUUUCCUUUGUAUCGCAAUUUUCCACACUACCAUCUGGUAUGCGCUUGCGCACCAAUAAAGGUCCCAAAGGCAAAGACGACUUGGGCAGCGAACUGCAAUGCGAUUCGGCCUUUGAACCCAGUGACAUUUAUCGCUUAUGGAUCGAUAGCCGUGAGGAGUAUGUCGAGGGGCGUCAAGAAGACGCUGAGGAGUUCUUGAGCUAUGUGCUCAACAAGCUGAAUGAUGAAAUGUUGGAGGUUAUAAAAUUAGUCGCCAAACCAAAUGCUGAACAAAAUGGACGCAAUGAAGUUUCAGAAAGUGAGGAUGGCGAUGAGUGGCAGAUGAUCUGCAAUAACCGCAAUAAAGGCAGCGUCACACGCCAACAAGAUUUCGGACGUACUCCACUGAGCGAUAUAUUCCGUGGUGAGUUGCGUUCGCGACUGCAACGCGAAGGAGAACACUCCACCGAUGACAUACAACCAUUCUUCACAUUACAACUCAACAUUGAGAAAGCCGCAUCGGUAAAGGAGGCACUCGAAAUACUGGUCGGACGCGAUCAGCUUGAGGGUGUCACCGGCAGCAAGACCAAGCAAGAGGUGGUAGCUUGGCAGCAAAUGACAUUGGAGAAGUUGCCAACAAUCUUGAUUUUGCACUUGAAAUGGUUCGAUUACCGCUCGGAUGGCUGUACGAAGAUACUGAAGAAAGUCGAAUUCCCAGUUGAUCUGAAGAUCGACGCAAAAAUACUCGCCUCCAAGAAGUACUCGAUGAAACAGCGCGCCUAUCGCCUAUUCGCCGUUGUCUAUCAUGACGGCAAAGAGGCGACCAAGGGCCACUACAUCACCGACGUCUAUCACACGGGCUACAGCAGCUGGCUGCGUUACAAUGAUAGCUCCGUGAAGCCGGUUAGCGAGAAUGAGGUUCUCUACCCGAAAACACCACGCGUGCCUUACCUAUUAUAUUACAGGCGUUGCGACACAAUGCCACAGCAGAACAACUCAACGACCGGUGGCCAAGCUAAUGCGCACACAAAUGCGGCUGGUAAUCAUGGUGGCCGCGAUCGUGAUGGCAACAAGUAAAUGGGCAUGCGCGCAGUGCGUAAGGCGUGUCAAACACGCCUACGAGUCAGUACAUACUAGGAAGUGGCCAAGCCAUAAUCCGAGCACGCAUGCGCCAUGCGACAAUAUGGAGUAUACAAACACACAACAACAACAACAACUAUUACAGUAAUAGCAACGAUCAGUCGCCGGUGGAGAGUAUAUACACUAUUACGUACAAAAAUGCAACAGGCAACGGUUUAUAGCGACAAACCAUUAAAUCGUAAGCCAACCGCUAGCAAAAAUAGUUCCAAGUAGAACACCAUGUAAUAUACACAUUCAUAUAUACAUACGUAAAGGAAUAUAUAUAUUUUUUAAGUUUAUGAUAGAUAUUACGCAUGCAGUUAGGGCUAGCACUUGAAAAAUUAUAAACGCACGUAAAUAUUAGGUUUUUCAGCAUUAAUCUUAUUUGCAUAAUAUUAAAACAAGAAAACGAUUGUUGCCUUUGAACAAAAAUUGUAUGGGUGAAUGUUGGUGGUAUGCGGGACAUCGAGAGAAAGAGUGUAGUGAGCGCCUGCGUGACUGCUUUUUAGCGAGUUUUGGUUGCUUGCGACGCGUGCAGGUGUGGAUUUUGUGAAAGCUGAGCACGUCUGGAGCGCAGCUCGUGAAGAGUACCCGUAGGAGGCAAAGUGUACCAUGUGUGGUGGCAUAUAUAAUAUAUAUAUACAUAUAGUAGUAGUUUAAUGUAGACAAAAACUGAGCGCAUAUAAAUCGUGUAAAUAAACUAGGAUCAUGUACAAAUUACAUAUAUAAAAAUAUUAGUUAAAUAAAACCGCUGCACACAUGUAUACAAAACUCUAUAGAAGAAAAACAAACUACAAAAAAACAUUGCAAAUAAAAAAUAGUGGUUUUGGAAUUGAAUUAUUUCCAUUAUCAAAUAAUAAAUGAUGAAUAGCAAAAACAAAAACAACAACUGUAACAACAACGAAAUAAGUCAUAAAACAGUUUGUGAAGUUGAAAAUGUAAUGAAAUGAAUUAUGUCUGCUUUGUAAAUAUAAAAAUGAAUAAAUAUGCAAUAAAUGCCGCGGCGCUUUCAGCAUCAUUGAAAUGUUUGAGUGCACAUUGGACCAAGUAAAUACGUAUGAAAUGUAUACAGCAAUGAAGAUCAAUUUAGUUUAGUUCUGUAGUGUAGCGUGUGGAACUCAUUGAGUGGAAGCAAAAAUAUUAAAGUAGUUAAAAUACAUUGCCUUUUUUCUACAGAAAAUAAAAAUGUCAACAAAUGAAAUCUAAAACAAAAA